GCCGCCGCGCCCCACCUGCUGGCCGCCAGCAUCCUGGCCGACCUGCGCAGCGGGCCCGGCGCCGCCCCGGGGGGCGCCUCGCCCGCCUCCUCCUCCUCGGCCACCUCGUCCCCGUCCUCUGGCCGCGCCCCCGGCGCCGCGCCCGCCGCCGCCAAGAGCCACCGCUGUCCCUUCCCAGGUUGCGCCAAGGCGUACUACAAGUCCUCACACCUCAAGUCGCACCUGCGGACGCACACAGGCGAACGCCCCUUUGCCUGCGACUGGCCGGGCUGCGACAAGAAGUUCGCGCGGUCCGACGAGCUGGCCCGCCACCACCGGACGCACACCGGCGAGAAGCGCUUUCCCUGCCCGCUCUGCUCCAAGCGCUUCACCCGGAGCGACCACCUGACCAAGCACGCGCGCCGCCACCCCGGCUUCCGUCCGGAACUGCUCCGGCGCCCGGGCGCCCGCAGCACCUCGCCCAGCGACUCGCUGCCCUGCAGUCUGGCGGGCAGCCCCGCGCCCAGCCCCGCGCCCAGCCCGGCCCCCUCUGGCCUGUAG